AUGUGCAUGCAUCACCUGUGUACAGGUCAAUACGACAAGGCAAUACCUGAUCAUAUUCAGCCGGCGAUGGGCGGAGAGUGCGGGCACGAGUGGCCGUUUCACACACGCUAUCUGUGGAAGGACUAUCUGCAAGACGAAAGAUUACAGAUAUUUCCGGUGGAUAGGCUGCGUAACACGUGGGUGCAUCAUAUCGGUGACAGUAUCGAUCGCUACAUGUUUGAGCUCACUCUUAAGUAUGUGCUGGAUGCUGAGCUGAAGGAGCUUGGCAGCGUGUUGCCGAUGCGCUAUCUGAACCCCCAGAAUGCCGACCCUGCCAAACGGUUUGUGCAUGUGCUCACGGUGUAUCACUGGCCCACGGCCAAUGUCACCAUAUCGUACAAUGCGAUGACCAGUGCGGUCCACAUUAAAGGCUAUCAGAUGUUUGACGACACCGAUACCAACGCCGCGCCCGAGUAUCCCGGCAAGGUUGUUAGCGUUGCGGUUGGGUUGUAA